AUGGUGUGUCGAUACCGAGGGUUUGGGACUGAUCUCCGGAAGAGAUUUGAUUGGCCAAUUCAAACACAUCUUUUGUAUUUAGCCAUACUUUACCCAACCGACCCUAUUACGUCCGCAAUCAAUUCUUCAAUUGUUUGCUUUUUCUGGGGCAAUUCAACAGAUGUUCUAAUUGUUUUUGGUACUAUUCUUUCUGGUGACAUUCAUCUCGCAUUGAAUUUAAUGGCUGUAUUUAAAACCCGUUGA